AUGCCAAUUGAUCAAGAAAAAUUAGCCAAGUUGCAAAAGAUGUCCGCCAACAACAAGGUUGGUGGUAGAAGAAAGUUCACCAAGAAACCAAGCUCUAGCUCUAGUUCCAACAAGGAUGACACUAAGUUAGUUGCUGAAAUGGCCAAGAUGAACGCUGUUACUGUUGACAACGUCGCCGAAGCUAACUUCUUCAAAGAUGAUGGUAAUGUUAUCCAUUUCAACAGAGUUGGUGUCCAAACUGCUGAAAAGUUCAACACUUCUGUUUUCUACGGUGCUCCACAAACUAAACCAUUACAACAAAUGUUCCCACAAAUCUUAUCCCAAAUGGGUCCAGAAGCUUUACAAGCUUUAACUCAAUUAGCUUCCCAAUUGGAAAAGAACGAUGCUGCUAAGAAGGCUGGUUCUGAAGAAAAAGCUGAUGAAGCCAUUCCAGAAUUAGUUGAAGGUAAGACAUUUGAUGCUGAUGUCGAAUAA